AUGUCCGCCCAGGAGCCCAUUGAAGUCGUCGAUGACAAUGAGACGUUCGAUGAGAUCGACGAUGACUUCGCCGAUUCCAAUGAACAGCUUGCCCGAGACGAGGAUGAAGCCAUUGAUAAAUCAAACAUCAUGAACGAUCGCACCCGCCAUGCUGAGCCCCAGACCUCGAACCGGUAUAAUGAAGGCCCAAACGAGGAUGACUUGCCCGAGGAGGAGCAGUGA